AUGUCUUCCCUGGAGAACGGCAAGGAUAUGAGCGGCAGUUCCUCCGACGAGGAGAGGAAAUUUUCUUCCCCUUCGGUGCCGACGCGGCUUCGACAUCCGUUCAGCGUGGAGGCGAUCAUGUCCGGGAGGACUACGGUGGCGCGCCGCGGCGGGGAGCCAGCUCGCUGGAAGGCGGAGGCCGGAUCGGUGGCGGAGUCGCCGCCUGCGGGAUUUGGGUCCGUGUAUGUGUGCGGAGAUGCGGCCGCCCAAAGCCGGAAGAGCUACCCGACAGCGCCGCCGUCGCCGAUCAAGUCCGACACAUCCGAUCCGGAAGACUGGAUGCUCCCCUCUCAACCUCGUCAAGUCAGUCCCACCUGCCAGUUGAGAAAACACAAGUCUAACCGCAAGCCACGCACACCAUUCACCACGUCCCAGCUUCUGGCUCUGGAGAGAAAGUUCCGCCAGAAGCAGUAUCUCUCCAUCGCUGAACGGGCAGAGUUCUCGUCCUCUCUCACCCUGACGGAGACUCAGGUGAAGAUCUGGUUCCAGAACCGCCGUGCCAAAGCCAAGAGGCUACAGGAAGCAGAGCUGGAGAAACUAAAAAUGGUCGCCACGGCCAAAUCGACGCCGACGACAGCGGCGGCGCUGGUUCAGCCCGGCCUCCGGUUGCCACUGACGCUGGGCGCUAUGUCACUGUACGGACAGUCCUUAUCCGCGUAUCACCACAGAGCCAUGUUUCCCUUUUUGCCGUUAGGACUGUACACAUCUCCCCUGGGCUACAGCAUGUACCCCUUCUCAUAG